AAUUUAUUUCAUUAAGCUACAUUUGAUUCAGAAAGGCGGAUUAUAACUCAUUAGAUCAAGAUGCAUGAGAAUCACAUCUCAAGUAAUGUGAUGCAUUCCAUGAUAUUUAUAGCUUAUUUUUAUUUGGCUCCUCUUUAACUAUAAAAUUCAUGAUCUUAUUCUUUCUUUUACAGUGAUUUGUUUCACAUUUCUUAUGUGCAGUUAUUUCACAUUUCUAAUGUGUGCACGAAUUGUAUCUAUGAAUUUGCUAACUCCAAAUAGUUGGGAUAAGGCUCGGAUGAUGAUGAUGAUGUCGAUGAAUUAUAGCUUCUAUUUUGUGAAAUUCUUUGAUAUCUUUAUGUAAUUGAACUGCUUCUGAACUUAUAAGCUCCCAAGUACCACUAAUAGUUGCCAUAUGGUAUUGGAUUCAAGAGUCCUUACCUUCCUUUAUGUAAUCUCAAUUUGGUAGUCCAAGUAUUUAUCAAUUUUGUAUAUCCUGCAGGCAAGCAUUUGCUUCAUUGUCUUGUUACAAAGUUAUCUUCUUCAUUUAUUGGAUCUGAAGUGUGUUGCUGACGUACUGAACUUUUACUAAAUUUUUGUUCUGCAUUUGAAUUUAGAUUGUAAAAUUUCAAACCAGCUUGCAUGGUGCUUAAUUUGAUGGUGUCUAAGCAAGGGUGUCUUUGGCAUUUCAUGUUUUUAUACUCAGUUUCCAUUGGGGUUUGAUAUUGUUAUCAUAUUUUUUCUUGUUACACAUUACCACUUGGUUUAUAAUCUAUGUAUACGACUUCUUGCUAUAGGGAAUUUGAUCUUUUUUGUAAAUUUUUAAUGUUUAGUAACCUAUGUGCAUUCACGUGUUUUGUAUAUGUAGAGGGAGGAAUUGUCUCCUGUCCUUACUUACAUUCAACCCCUAUUUGUCAGCCUUAUAGAGUCAUGUUUUAUUUUUUUUCUACUGAUUCUUAGAAUGAAUUGUUUGAUUGUCAGCCUUAUAGAGUCAUGUUUUAUAAUUGUUCUACUGAUUCUUAAAAUGAUUUGUUUGAUAUUAGCUGAAGGGAAAGGAAGGGUGUUUUGUGGCCUUUCUAGGACGGUCCAGAGAUUCAAUUAUGGUUCCAGUGAAAUUUCAUAUGGCUUUGGAAGCAAUGGGAAACAUUGGCAUUCCUCCCAAAGCUGUAACACCUGUCCUUAAAAAUCUCUUGAAGUUUUAUGAUGAUAAUUGGGUGCUUAUGAAAGAAGAAAAUUAUAGAGUUCUUGCAGAUGCUAUCUUUGUAGCACAGGAGACCAAGAAGCAAGAAAGAAAGAGGAAAGCUGAGAAAAUUGAUAGAGAAGAUGAUAGGAACAAGGAAAUUGAGAGAGAUGAGACAAUGCCUACACCACGUACACGUUCUCGCUUGAGGAUAGAAGAGCCAUCUUCACCAUUCCUGAGAACUGAAGAGCCUGUUGCUUCACCCUUGAGAUUAGAAAAGCCUCCGGCAGCAUGCACAACUCAUUCUGGUUUUGGAGUUGGUGAAAGCUCUUCAAAAGAACCUAAACGUGUACCAUCUGCUUGCCCUGCAAGUGGUGAGGACAUGGAAACUAAUAAAAUCUGAGGAGCCUGAUUUGCCGUGUACUAAUUUGGGGCAAGAAAAGGCAGCAAAUGAGGCAGUUCCUAGCACCAAAAGGUGCUUAAAAAUGCCUAAGAUUGAACCAGGCAUUGAACCCUUACCUGAUGCGUCUAACGCAAGGGAACCUUACGAUGAUGGUUCCCCCCCAUUGGAUAAGAGGUCUCCUGCAAAACCAAAGUCUCCUUGUGAUAGGUAUAUGCAUAUUGAGAAACCAAAGGAUCGUGUUGAUCAUGACAAUAUGCCUAAUCAUCACAGUAAGAGUCCAUGCCAGCUGAACACUGAGGGAUUGCCUAGUUGUUUCCAGCAAGUGGAGUUUGAGGUUCCUAUUGCAGGGAUCCCACCACUGUUCUCUAAUGUAUCUGAUGGUACCCACUGUGUGAAAUCUUUCUUUUUUUCUAUUGCCGGAUUUGUUGUUUGCAGACUUGAAACUCAACCUUGAUAUUGCAAGGUUGAUUGACAUGGUCAUUGGUUUCACCAAGUAAUGUAAGGCAUGAUUUAGAAAUACAAAAUAGCUUAAUCUAAAAACUGAAAAUGUAGCAAAUAAGAAAAUGAGGAAGAGAGAAAUAUUCUGGGAAAGAGGAAA